AUGCAUGAGAGAACUGUGUUCGACAAACGUACGCUGGACAGAUUCUCCGACAUACUCUGCACAAUCUGCGGCGACCAGCAGACGCGCCAAGUACUUGCUGCCUCCUUCUUGUACUGCUUUCUUUCCUUUCUUCUUCAGCUUGAAUUUCUUCCAUUUUUCUUGGCCAAAAAAAUUGAGAAAACAUGGUCCGUAUGUUGGCAUAAAACCCUUGUUGCCUGGUUCGUAGAUGAGUCUCAUGGGAAUUGAGGCCUGUCCAAGGCAACGACGAGUACGUCCUUUGCUCAUAUAUAAGUGGAAUAUAAUCUUGGAAAUAACAGUGGGCCAUAGCAUUGGUAUGAGAAGAUCCUGAUUGAAGUUGACAAUAUCUUCCGCAUCCAGGCCCUCUUCAUUUUCUGCCAUCUCCUCAGCGGUGCUAUCGGCUGUUUCAUCACCAAAUGUAACCCGAAUUGAGAAUUUGAGUGGCUUGCCCUUGUUGUUCGCAACUUCUUCGGUUAUUUCAUCAGCGAGCUGAUGAAGCCGAAAGAGUCUCACUCUAAGUGACAUUUCUUCCACUUGCGCUCCACUCCAUAUUUCUUCACUGUCAAGAUCAUCGUUCAUUCGUGGUGGAGAUUCCGUCGUAGAGAAUACAGCUAUAGAAAGCUUGAGAAAACCGCAGUUUUCAUGUACACCCUCCUCGUCUUCUUCGUCGAAUGGCAUUGAGAGGGCAACCCAUUUUGAAAUAAUGGCUUUACCAGGCGUAUGAACGAUGGCCGCCAUUGGGCAACAGAAUACGCCUUUGACUUGUUCGGAAAAACGUUUGGCUCGAGUUACUUUAAUGUCAAGAUUUUGUGCAGCAAGAUCCUGUAGGGUAAUAUCUUUGAGCAUGAAGACGAGAUUCUGCUUCCAGCAUGGACUUCCUUGUGCACAGACACGAGUACAUUUCUGUAGGCCUUCCAGAUAGGCCCGUAUGCGCAACGCGCCUGUCUUGAGAUCUCUACCCUCAAUCACUCGUAGAAGUACAUGCCAUGUUCGCGGUUUGUCUGUAUCGGCAAAUGUUUCCAGACCGAACUUUGCUUCUUUCUUUCCGUAGUGAAGAUGAUUAGCGGCAGCGCGAUCCUCUUCUGCCUCUGGUUCGUCGUCUUCUGAAUCCGACUGACCCGCUUGAUCUGUUUCACCGUCUGUUCCUGAGCUUUCCUUGCCUUUGGUUUUCUUCUUCUUUCGUUCUUUGGAUGGUGGAUCUUCACGCUUCUGGCGGGUAUCGUUGAUGUCAUGAUGAGAUUCUUCCACUCCCUUCGCAAGUGGAUCAAAAAAUGCGAUAGCCUUCAGGGCGACGUACUCGAUCUCGUUCAUCUGAAGCUGUCUCAUCGGCGUCGUCAGAUGGUCAACUAUUCGUGCUGCUACUCGAUUUACGUCGGGUACCUUCGGUGUAUCCCUCGGUAGACAGGUUUCAUUUGUCAAGCAGACAGCGUCGUUGAGGUGAAUACUUCGGAAAGCCGCGCACAUCACCAAGUGUUGUGCAGAGAAAUGCCUCAGUAGAGCUAUUUGGGAGCCAAGUGGUAGCCGUUGAAAUUCCUGCAAAUUCUUUGCCCAUUCUACCAUUAGGGUAAGUUGCUGAUUCAUGUGGCUUCGGCGGAAAGAAGUGCAUCCAAGAGAGGAUCGUCAGGAAUUGGACCUGAUCCAUUCGGUCGUAUUCGAUCCCUUUCGCUUUGGACCGCUUCCUUUUUCAUUCCUCGUCGCAUACACUCGUCGAAUCGGCAACUUCGACAUGUGUUUCGCUGA